UCGUUACAUUUAACCUUGAAAAAAGAUAGUGAAGAAGCUUGCCAAGAAAUCAACAAAGAAUGUUUCGAAUUCUGGGGAUGCUGCGCGAUGCAAUAAUGGGAAUGCUAAUAGGAUUGCUAGAGCAGGACCUUCUACCGGACGUGGUCAUAAGAAGGAUUAUCCGCGUAUUCUUGGCUAGCCGUCUUCUCCACGGCUACAAACCUACACGCGAGCUUCAACUCUCCCAACUUGUUGAAUUUGCAAAAUCUUUGAAAGAAAUGCCGAUAUCCAUGAACACGGGCAAGCCAGAAGCAGAUGUUUAUGAAUUACCAACUUCAUUUUUUGAGAUUGUGCUCGGAAAAAAUCUCAAAUUCAGCGCCAGUUACUUCCCGGAUAAAUCAAGCAAGUUAGAGGAUGCUGAGAAAGCAACAUUGGAGCUUUACUGUAAGAGAGCCCAAAUAAAAGAUGGCCAAACUAUUCUUGAUAUAGGAUGUGGAUGGGGAUCACUCACUCUUCACAUUGCCAAAAGCUACAAUAACUGCAAAAUUACUGGACUUACCGAUUCAUCAACACAAAAAGCAUAUGUGGAUGAGCGAUGCCGGGAACUUCAAAUACAUAAUGUAGAGAUCAUUGUUGGAGACAUUAGCACAUUUGAAAUGGAAGCAACCUAUGACAGAUUAGUUUCUGUUGAACUGUUUGAGUAUAUGAAGAACUAUAAAGACCUUCUAAAGAAGAUAUCAAAAUGGAUGAAGGAGGAUGGUCUUCUAUUUGUUGAACAUUAUUGUCAUAAAAUAUUUGCACACCACUUCGAGGUAUCGGAAUGGCUCAGAAAAUAUGACUGGCUCAAUAAGAACUUAUUUAGUGCAGGAGGUGUGAUGCUUUCCGCAGAUCUACUACUUUAUUUUCAGGAUGAUGUUUCGGUUGUCGAUCAUUGGGUUAUCAAUGGGAAGCAUUUUUCGAAAACAGGGGAAGAGUGGCUGAAAAGAAUGGACAAGAAUUUGCCAGCCAUCAAGCAAAUGAUGGAGUCAACUUAUGGGAAGGAUUCAGCCGUUAAGUGGACUGUAUAUUGGAGAACUUUUUUUCUAUUUAUUGCAGAAAACUAUGGAUACAACAAUGGAGAAGAAUGGAUGGUUGCUCAUUUCCUAUUCAAGAAGAAAUGA